AUGUCUAAACAAUUAAGUUCUUCUGUUGAAAUCACAUCUAUUUUUGAUAUCAAUAAUCCUUCUUUUGAAUAUGAUAUCCUUAUUUGUAAAAACGGUUUAUUUGAAAUAAAUGAAAGAUAUUAUAAUGAUCUUCAUUUUUGCAAGUCCAGUAAAUCUAUUUUCGAUUUUUCCAAUUUUUAUAAGUUAACGGAUAUUCAAAAGGAAUCACAAUAUGAAUAUAUGCUUUAUGCUCAUCUUGCAAAAAACAACACUUUAAGCUAUUUUAGUAAAACGCAAUUUUAUGUGAAUGGAGAAUGGAUUAACAUAAAUAAUGGAAAUGAGAAUUUUCACAGUAACUUUAAUGGUUUCGAAUAUACUAUUCAAGGAAAAUGGAAAUCAUCAAGCGAAUUUGUAUCUGUAGAAGAUGUUGAAAAAUUUAUUGGUACUAUGGUUGAUCAGCCUAAUAGAUUUGGGUUUUUUGUUUCAAAUGUAGGAUAUUCUGAAAAGGCAAUUAACCGAGUUAGAAACUCUUCAGUAAAAAAUAUCAUAUUAUGUUCAGAAAAUACUUUGAUUGAAUUAAUCAAACGAUUAGAAUUUUAUUUUAAAAAUAGAAAUAAUAAUAGUAUGGAUUUAUAUGAUGAAAUCAUUAUUGAAAACUUAGCAAUAGAAGGUUCUAAUGUUAUUUUUGAAGAAAAACCUGUGAAAGAAGUUCCUGAUGGCUAUGCGC